AUGAACCACGAAGAUCGGACAGCUCGCAUGAAGUCCGGAUUUGCGUAUGCGGCGGCUAUCAGCUCUUGUGCUCUCUACUGCCUGAAUGGUGAGCUCCUGCAGGCACUUCAGCGCGCUGCUCCUGGACAUCAUGCUUCGCCCCUUCUGAACUUGGCGCUGUGCCACCUCGGGGGCCUGUUGUUCGUCCCGCAUUUUGGAUGCGUGGGCACUUCAGAGGAGCCCGCCGGGCAGAGCUCAGCGGCCUUUACCGGCGUACGGGCUGCACUGUCGCAGCGGCCACGGCUAGCCGCACUGCCCUUUGCUCUUCUUCUGAUGGGCUACAACUAUGCCUGGCUGCUGAGCGCCAGCUUUAUUGACCUGCGCCUGACGAACGCGGUCUUCCAAGUUUCCACAGCCUUAGUGUACGUUGCGAGCGUGCAGCUCUUUGGCGAGGCUGUUUGCCUAGAACGCUUGCUUGGCGUGCUGCUCUCCCUUGGAGGAUCCUUCAUAGCCAGUGGCCUGAAGUGGGAUGAUGCCAGCAGCACAGUUCCCCGUCAUCAACACCAGGUUGUUGGUUUCGCCCUGGCCCUGAUUGCAGCGGUGGGCUACACGGCCUACCAGGUGCUGUUUCGUUGGAUCUUCGGCCACCUGAAGCAGAAUGUGUCCUUCCUGGCGCAUUUCUUCUCCUGGAUUAGCUUGUGGCAUUUGCUCAUAAUUCUUCCGCUGGUUCUGGCCGCGCAUGCUGCUGGCAUCGAGCAGUUGCAAGUGCCGCAUGGGCUGUUCGCUCUCGUGGGUACCGCCGUGUCCGCGCUGAUCGCUUCGACUGUCAACGUACUUUAUCUGUGCAUAGUUAUGUGGGGAUCCCCAAUGCUGCUUCCGAGCACUUCUGCCUUGUCCGUGCCGCUGACGGUGGUGCUGGACAUCGUCAUCCACAAUGAGCGACCCGAGCAUCUCGAAAUGAUUGGCCAGGGGCUGGUGCUGCUAUCUGUUGUUCUUAUCAUGCAGCUUUACAAGGUUGUGCUGCCCAAGGGGCUUUCGCUCAAGAGUGAAAUGAUCGUUUGGGAGCUUGGCACAAUGUCCGGGACAGAGGCCGGGAAGGCCGAGCCACCGAAGCAGCGCGCCAGGAAGGGUCGCAAGUUCCAUCGUCAGGGCACUACGGCGGGUGUCUACACCGAGAAAGAUCUGAAGCUGAAGGGAGACGGCCUAGUGGCUGCUGUCGCCUACAGCGGCUGCUUUCUGAACGUGGCCCUGGUCGCCAUCGUGCUCAAUGCAUUGUGGAUGCUGAUCGACACGGAGUGGAACCAUGUCAACCUCAGAGGCUCCGAUGGUCGGCGUCCCCUGCAAGAUGUCAGCGGUGUCGUCGAAAACCUUUUCUGUAGUUUCUUCAGCAUCGAGAUCCUAAUUCGUUUUUUUGGAUUCAAGCGCUGGCGUUUUAUGUUCGAGGAUUCGUGGUUUCUCUUUGAUGCCUUGUUAGUGACUUUGAUGGUGUUGGAAACAUGGAUUUUGCCGCUUCUCAGUCAGCUUGACAGCAGCUUGAAUUCCGAUGCGCUCGAUAAUGUUAAGCUCAUCAGGCUGUUCCGCAUGCUUCGCCUGGGCCGUAUUUUCCGGAUCCUUCGCUUCCAUCCCGAGAUGAGGCUGCUUGUAAAAAGCAUCGCACGUGCCAUGAAUGCCGUUUUCAACAUUCUCUUCUUGCUGGUCCUGGUGACAUACCUCUUCGCGAUCAUUUUCACGUCUCAGCUCGCCAAACCCGGCACAAAGGCAGUGAAUGUGGACCUGGACGAGGCCGAAGCGAAGCAACUUUUUGCAAAUAUGGUCUCGUCGAUGCUGUCCCUGUUCACGCAUGGCGUGCUUGCAGAUGAGCUGGCCUUUGCCUUUUUGGUCAUCAAGGAGGACAGCGUUCCCCUUUUCUGGCUGUUUGCGGUCUUCGUUGUAUUCUCUGGGAUCACCCUGCUCAACAUGCUUAUAGGCGUGCUGUGUCAGGUUGUGGCGGACAACUCGCGCGAGCAUGAAAAGAACCAAAUAUUGGUGGAUCUGAAGUCGAGCUUGGAAGAUGCAUUUGAGGCUUUGGACACCUCUCAAGAUGGAACCAUCAGUGAAGAGGAGUUUAAACAGAUGAAGACAGAUCCCAACGUCAUGGAGAUCUUCUUUCGGCUGGGCAUGGAGGAGUCAGCGAUUAUCCAGCGAUUAGAUCACAUGCAGGAGACCAUCUUCGCUGUUGCCAAGAGCGAUAAUGCAGACGAGUCCUUCCUCACCGACUCCAAGGAUCCGGCCUCCAGGAGGCCUCCGAGCAUGUCCUUCAAGCAGUUUACGGAUCAGGUCGUCGAUUUGCAAAUGAACACAUCUGCAGGGGUGCUGGAUGUUCAAAGCUUGGCGGCCAAGGUUCGUGCAGAGGACCAGAAAAUCUUGACGGCGCUAAGCCGUUUGGAGCCGGACUUGCGCCGCCUUCUUCAAGUGCCUGUGGACACACAGGAGGCAAAGACCUUGUCUUCCUCGGGGGUACAGACGCUGAGCCUCGCGGGAGAGGACUCAACCUCCGUGAGAUUACAGUCAACUCCUCCGGCAUGUCCGGGCCAGGCGGAAGCAUAA